AUAAUUUCAAUUUCAAGAAGCACACAGAGGGAAGAAAUAAAUAACAAUAACCUCCCCAAAAAACCCCCCAAAAAAAGAAACUUCCAGAUCCGAGAAACAUUUCAAAAUUCAAACACCAGUCCAGAACCAUUCAAGAAUCUCUCUGAUCUUUUCAAUCCUCUUCCUGAUUAAUGGCCCUUUGAUUUCUUCUUCCACAUUCUGUUCUGGGUGCUAGAGUGAGAUGGAUGCCAAUAAGACCAUAUCUGAUUCUGGAAAUGGGGUGAGGAUCGGUGUUCACCAGCAAUUCCCUGCCUCCGGAGAAGAACUAACUUCUGAAAAAGUGAGUGGAAUUCUCAAUGGUGGUUUUGAAGUUGGUGGGUCGAGUGAGAGUCUUGAAAAUCUUGUGAAUCCAAAUGACAAUGAGACCCUUAGUUCUUCUGUACAAGAUAUCACGGAUGAAACUACAUUGCCACCAGAUGGCAAUGAUGUAACAAUUUCGAAGGAACAUGCUUCCAAAAAAAUUGGAGAGUCUAAGAAUUUCAAACCACUGAAGAGCAUGAACAAGGCUAAGAGUGGGAAGUUAAGUCCUAGACAUUCUGCAUUGACAGGGACGAACAAGAAUAAGGAUGGAAAAGACUUGUCAAAAUCUUCUGUCGCUUCAAAUGGAAUCCGUGAUUCAGAAUCACAGUCGAAACAGGCUUCUCUUAGAAUAGAACACAGAUCAAAUGAGAUGCAAGCUGCUGACCAAAGCAAAAAAUCAGCACCUGCUAAAAAUAAUGCUCAUCAUUCUAAACAGACUGGACAUUCUGAUGCAAAAGUGUCUUCCAUGAGUGGCACACAGCUUGGAGGAACUCAGGACAAGCCAAAACUGAAGCCACUCAAAAAAGGCUCCACAGAUAAAGCUGAAGAAACUUCAGAGUGUUCGUUAAGUCCUACUGCUGGUGAUGCCAAGCCUCGCAGAUUGGGUACUCUUCCAAGCUACAGUUUCAGUUUUAGAUGUAAUGAAAGGGCCGAAAAGAGAAAAGAGUUCUAUUCAAAACUUGAGGAAAAAAGCCAUGCAAAGGAAGAGGAGGAGAAUAGCAUGCAAGCCAAGACUAAGGAAACACGGGAUGCUGAGAUUAAAAUGUUAAGGAAAAGUCUGAAAUUCAAAGCGACACCAAUGCCUAGCUUCUAUCAGGAACCUCCACCGCCAAAGGUGGAACUAAAGAAGAUACCUACAACAAGACCAAAAUCUCCGAAGCUUGGUCGGAAAAAGAGUUCACCAACUGCCAAUUCUGAAGAAAAUGGCGGUUCCAAUGCUAUUCCAGGUAGGCUAAGCUUGGAUGAGAAAGCAUCACAAAGUAACCCUACCAAAGGACCUCUUGCCCAUGUCAAGAAUUCUUCACGGAAAUCUCUUCCUCAGUUGCCGUCUGAGAAAACUACCUCUUCCAAUGAAAGGAGAAGAGCUUUAUCUCAUGCUACAACUGUAUUUAAGGAGACAAGUGAAUCUAAGUCUCAGCCGAGCAACUUACCCCAGGAAAUGAGUGGAGCUGAGUCCGUUACACAAAAUCAUGAGAUGGAAAAAGCGGUCGAACCGAGCAAGAAAGAGCCUGCCAAAGAUGACGAGUCUGUCAUUGAAGCUCAAGCACAGACGAACCCAGUGGUACAGGAACCCAUUUUAGUCUGAUACAAAAUCAACAGCAUGGAACCAAAAUGUAAAUCUAUUAAGCUGCCUUUCAUUCUAGAUCUGAAUAAGAUUCGAUUCAUCCAACAACUGGGGCAUGUGGACACUGUGUAUUAAAGGUUGAUACGUCGUAGUAUGCAAAAUCGCCGACAAGGUUUGAUUAUCUGAUGUGCUUUUCAAGAUUGUUCUUUAGAACUUGCAAGACGAUUACUGCAGUAUAUGAUUACUCUUGGUCAUUUUAUUGUCCUAAAUUAUGAUUAUGUAUGUUUAUGUCAUCUGAAGUUGAAAAGUCGAAAUUUUGGAGGAAUCCUGCUAUCAAAUGGUUCGAGAUAAGUGUUGGACUGUUUUGCGUUUUAGUUUGGCAACUACUUUGGGCUUGUAUUGCUUUUGAUAUUCAGACUAAACAAGUGUAUCUUUUGUUAGAUAAGGUGUAAUAUUUAUUUGCAUGA